GCGAAACGCUCGACAAUACAAAAACAUCGCAACGACGCGUACAUAAAAUAUUUCAUUUAAUGUUUUGCGAGGUCGACGUGGAAUAUUCGCCAGUGAAAAGCGUGUAAAAAUGUAAAAUAAGUGAGAAAUCAGUAUUUGCAAUUGCGGCAUAGUGAUUUGACUUUCCAAAAAGCAAAAAACGAUUCGAAAUAAUUUGUAAACCUAUACGAAAUUGAUAAAAGUGUUCAAAAUUAUAUAAAACUUGUUUUAGAAUAUUUCUAAAGGCGUAGUAAAUGCGCUAGUGUCUGUGUCAAAUAGCGUAAAUAUUUUAACUACAAGAGCAUUCACAUACACAUACAUAAAUGAUAAAGUUUUUUACAAAACCAAAAAUGUAUACUUCAGAGUUAAUGGAACAUAUUGGUGAUUACCUAAGUAACAUCAUACACUUACAAGUAAUGGAUAUGGCCAAAGGCCAAAACCAAGAAAGCGUUAAAUCCAUACUGGGCCGUCACACAAAAAUUCUGGUCAAGUAUAUGGUUAAAUUGGAGACGAAAGGUGACAAAACCGAAAACCGUGUUUUGGUUUUUACGCCAGUUCGUAUUUAUUUGCUAAUCGCAAAGGUGCCCACAAAGAUCGAAUGUCACUUUCACUACUUGGACAUACAGGCAGUGGAAAGCAAAAAGUCAACACACUUCUCAAUCAUCACAAAUGAUCGUCCGUAUUCAUUUGCAACGAGCUUCGAUGCGGGUAGCUUCAGUGCGAACGCUGACGUUAUACUCACCGAUUUGGCAUCGGCAAUUAAGCACAUUUUCCCAACAGUUCCUCUCAAGUACAUCAUAAGAAAAAUCGAUAUUCAACCGCCCGAACGUGAGGUUGUUUUCUCCGAGGAGUUUCGUCCCACAGACCCACGCAGCGUUGGCCCAUGCGGUGGUUUCAGCACACAAUAUGCUUGCAUGUGUGAUUUCCAUGGCGUGCCCUACAGAGAGGAAGUCGCUUGGGAUAUCGAUACGAUUUAUUUAUCCCACGAUACGCGCGUGCUGAAUUUACGUGAUUUCGAUCAUUUGGAACCAAAAGACUUAAUGGCCAUUGUGUCCGCAUUGGAGUAUAACACAUUUUUUCGCGGUCUGAAAGCAUCACAUAUGCGCCUCUCCAAUGAGACUUUGGAGCGCAUUCUACACGUGCUCAAGCGUUCAAUGUGGCUGGAAGAGCUGCAUUUGGAGGCGUUAGGUUUAAGAUCGGAUUUUCUGCAUAAAUUAGCUGUAUCUGUGAUUACAAACAACAAUCCCGCAAUACGUACGAUCGAUUUGAGUCAUAAUUUAAUUGAGGAUAAAGGAGCAAGCUCAUUGUGCGCCCUACUUGGAAAAAUUGUGCAAGGUGCUAUCCACUUGGCCGGUCCCAUUGCCAAGGUUUCGAAAGGUCUUUGCAAGCUGGCGCUCGCUCAUUGCGGUCUAACAUCGAAGGGCGUGAAUCAGAUGUCGCACUCAUUGUCGCUGAAUCAAAGCAUUUCCAAUUCACUCACACAUUUAGAUUUAAGUGGCAAUAGUCUCAAGGACGACAUAACAAAUUUACAUAAUUUUCUUGCACAACCGAAUGUUUUGGAACAUUUGGAUCUCUCAUCGACUGAUAUAACAUUGGAGAAUUUAUUUGGUGCCCUUUUACGCGGUUGUGCAACGCAUUUAGCUCACUUAAAUGUUUCACACAAUUCUUUUAGCACAAAAAAAGGCAAAGAGAUACCGCCAUCGUUUAAGCAAUUCUUCACGAGCACAUUGAGUUUAAAACAUUUAAAUAUUGCCGGUUGUAAACUGCCAAUGGAAGCGCUCAAAAACUUACUGCUCGGUUUAGCCUGCAAUGAGUCCACAGCUGGGCUGUAUUUAGAUUUAAGUAGCAAUACGUUAGGUGCCCAGGGCGCGCAUGUUUUGGAAUCAUGCAUACAUGGUGUACGAGUUUUACAAAGUUUAGAUAUAAGUGACAAUAAUUUGGAUGCCGAAUUAGCUCCCGUUUUAACAGCGAUUUCGAAAAAUCCCUCAAUACGUACGCUUUACAUGACACGCAGCCUGACCGGCAUGAAAUUGAAACAUAUUCCCACCGUUAUGGACGCGCUCGUGAAUCUGAUACAAAAAGACGAUUUCCCAUUGGCGGAGUUGGUGAUCUCCGAAAAUAAGUUGAAGAAUGAUAUACACGACUUCAUUAAUGCCCUUGGCAGUAAUCAAAGUUUGCAGAAACUAGACAUUAGCGGCAACUAUAUGGGCGACGUCGGUGCGCGCCUGCUCGCCAAAGCUCUGCAAAUCAACAACAAACUGCGCACAAUUUACAUGGACAAGAACAACAUAACACCGCAGGGUUAUGGCGACAUCGUCUACGCUUUGGAAAACAAUCACAGCAUGCGCACCAUACAAUAUCCGGUUUUCGACAUCACACCACACAUGAAAAACCACCCGGAGAAGACCGAUGCGAUUAUGCGCAAAAUGCAAGAGCUUCUACAGCGCAAUUGCAAUGGACUCAAGCGCGCCAACGGACAGGGAUUCCGAUUGCAACAUGGUUUCAUGCUUUCCUCAACACAUCAGCUGGUCGAUAAGCUCGUGGCCGAAACACAAGAUAACAUCUCGGUGGCUAAGGGUAGCGAUUCGUCGGCAGUGCAGCGACUGAUCGAUGACGCCGAGAACUGCAAACAAUUAAUGCCAAAAUUACAGGAGGCUGUGCGUUGUGAAUCGCAUCCGGUGGAAAUAAAGCUUACACGCAUCGCCAGUGAUCUCAGCUACACCAUACAGGGUUAUCUGGAGGAAACAUUGGAGACCAUGCUGCGCACGGCUGUCGAGCAGUGUCCCAAAACAUUGGGCAGUCAAAUGGUGGUGCAAGACUUGCGCAAAGCGCUGAGUGAGCGUCUACAAAUACCGGAAGAUUUUCUACAGAGUUGUUUGCUGAAUAACGCCGGCAGUGAGAUCAUGAAUAAAGUGGGUGAAAUCGAACAAUCAUUGGCGGCAUCCAUCUCUGACCGCGCCACUGACGAGGUGUUGGAGGCGCUCACACGCUAUCGGCGCGGCCUGGGCAUUGCCGAUUCACCAUCUGUGCUGCUCGAUGAGCCGCAAACACCUGAUAUUGUGCGCAGCCGUUCGAGUCAUGAUGCGGAUGGCCUGAUAAUACGCCCCGGACGUGGUUCCGUCUUACCGAAAAUGGGUCUGGAAUCCCCCACUAAAUUGGAAUAUCUGAACCUUGCUACCCCACACAUGCCCACCAAGCGUCGUUCGGUGGCGCGCAAAGUGCGUCCUCAGUCCGUCGUGGAGAACCUCAGCUUGGGGCACAUACCCGAUCUGCUUGAGUCACCUUCUUCACAUCGCUCCUCGUCACAGCUAUCGCCACGUGAUUCGAAUGGGAUGGGCGCUAGUAUUGCCGGCACCACUACAGGGGGUAGCGGCAACGGCUUGGAUGAUUUAGGUGGUGAUGAGUGCGGCGACUCAAUAACUGAACUGCCCAGCGCCUCAUUUCAAUUGCAACAUCUGGUUAAAGGACGACCGAAACGCGCCAAGACGCGCGCACCAACGCGGCCGUUGGUUGCGGUGGACAAUAGCGCCGGCCCGAGCACCAAAGAGAUAGGCGAGGGCUUGGAUUUAUUCUUUCGUCCCGGUUCGGUGACGCCUACCACGUUGACGCCGCUGAUUUCACCCACGUCCGAAGAGUGCAGCUCACUAUCGUUUGUCGAUAGUCCAACAAUGAGUCGUGAUGGCAACGGUCAUCUGACAUCCGAAGAGACUACACCCAUAUUGGAGGAGCGCAGACCCAUUAAGCUGGAUCGGCAGUCACCAUUGCUCAAGGGCGUGCCAUGGACCACACGUUCGCGUUCGACAGACAAUUUGGAAAAAUAUUCACCACUAAUUGGCCGUAAAUCGCCGCUGGUGAAAAUGCGUACUGAAGGUGGCAGCGUUGCGGCGGGUGAUGAGCCCAAUUCAGCGCUAAAAGCUCCGGAACGUGAGAAUAAGAUGCGUUCGCCAAGCAGUGAUUCGAUACGUAGCCACACUGGUGGCGAUGGCAUCAGCAUUAAGACCACUAACGGUAUUAUACGCACACCAAUAAUACUACAAAAGCCACGUCCCUGGUCGGUAGUAGGAAAUGAACCCAAAGCGCCUGGUGCUAACGACUUCCAAAGCAGUGACUCUAGUAAAACGACGCCGGAAAAGCUCGAUGAAGAUGCUGAAUCCAUAUCGUUUAGUCAGAGCAGCAACAAUGUUGGCAGUGCGCCAGGUCCCACAUUGGAGAAAAAAUCUGUAAGGGAGCUUGCAGCAGGCUUAAGCCGCUUGGAACUUCCAAUGAAGCCACAAGUGUUGCCGAGAACCCUGCUUACCGGCGCAUCGGCGAUAUCCAAGUCAUCGUCGACCUCGCACAUCACCAGCACGAACAGUAGUAGCAUUAGCAGUAGCAAUAGUGCGAGCAGUCGAAGUAGUAGCACUACUACAACAACAACAAUGCUGCAAACGCAGCGCAUGAGAAUAACAAGUAAUAGCAGUAGCAGCAGCAGCAGCUCUACCACAACAACGACGAAUACCGCAUCGUCAAAUGCGACAAACGGCAAUGAGAAUCACGAAACAUUGCUCACUAAAACAGUUAUCACGGAAAACGGCAACGGCAGCAGCAGCAGCAGUUUCAUAACCAACGAAAUCAUUAACAUACGUAACGGCACCAACAGCUGCAGCACCGCCACCACCCACAAUCGCGAUAGCACCAACACAAACGCAAGCGAAAGCAGCAAUGUGGAUCGGCUGAGCACUGGCAGCAAUGCCUCUAGUUUGGGUAUACCCAUUGGUGGCUUUAAGCGAAUUGCGGGCAAAGAGAUUUCCGCUUUAUUCGAGGAGACAUUAGUUGAAGGCCUACAACGCUCUUCGACUCGACGAUUAUUUAGAGACACACAAUAUACAAAAGAAGAUGUUGUUGAUUUGUGAGACAUUUAAAAUAAAUAAUUUUCAAAGUAAAAUACAGAACUGCAGCGUAGCAGAUGCAUCGACAGCAGCAAUAUGUGGUAGUAAUAUUGAUUUAUGUAGCAAAAAAA